GCCUUGCGCGUGCGCAGACGAUAAACCAACGCCCCGGAGUUGAGGCGCGGGUUUGGUGGCGCGUUUUAGCGAAGUCGCACGUGAAGGGCAGUAGUGGCCGGAGCCCGGUGAGUGCCAGUCGAGACCGGGGCUCGGGGACAGAACGCGGGACGGGGAGGCGGCAGCCGCUGCAGACCCAGCCAUGGCAGGCCCACCGCGGGGCAAGCAUGUGUUCAAAGUCAUCCUGACGGUCCUGGUGGCCCUCAUCCUCCUCCACUCGGCAUCAUCCCAGUCCCACGCAGACUUCGCGCCACCAGGCCAGCAGAAGAGGGAGGCCCCGGUUGAUCUCUUGAGCCAGAUAGGUCGAUCUGUGCGGGGAACGCUGGAGGCCUGGCUCGGGCCAGAGACCAUUCACCUGGUUUCAGAGACCUUGUCUCAGGUGAUGUGGGCCAUCUCAUCAGCCAUCUCGGUGGCCUUCUUCGCGCUGUCUGGGAUUGCUGCGCAGCUGCUGAAUGCCUUGGGGCUAGAUGGAGAUCACCUCACCCAGGGCCUGAAGCUCAGCCCCAGCCAGGUCCAGACCUUCCUGCUGUGGGGAGCAGGGGCCCUAGUUGUCUAUUGGCUUCUGUCCCUGCUCCUUGGCUUGGUGUUGGCCUUGCUGGGGCGGAUCCUGUGGGGCCUGAAGCUUGUCCUCUUCCUGGCCGGCUUUGUGGCCCUGGUGAGGUCAGUGCCCGACCCUUCCACCCGGGCCUUGCUCCUCCUGGCCUUGCUGACCCUCUACGCCUUGCUGAGCCGGCUCACUGGCACCCGGGCCUCAGGGGCCCAACUGGAGGCCAAGGUUCGAGGCCUGGAGCGCCAGGUGGAAGAGCUGCGCUGGCGACAGAGACGGGCGGCCAAGGGGCCCCGGGGUGUGGAGGAGGAGUGAGGGGGCGCCGGGACAAGGCCGCCUGCGUCGUCCUCGUCGUACCAAAGAGCUGCACUGCUUCUGGAUCGCACAGCCCCCCUUCCAGUACCCUGCCCCUUUCCUGCCCCGUCUCUGAACUGUCAGAACCUUCCUGUCUUCACCGGACCCCACCCCCCACCCCCGGCUGAGAAAGAGGAAGACCAUUCCCCAUGCGGGUCCCGGGGGGCCCUGCCUUCUGAGGUUCUCUGUCUGGGAUUGGGUUCUCCGUCUGUCUCUUAACCCUUUCGCUGCUCCCAGCCUGCCUCAGUCAGGGCAGGUUGGAACAGUCUCCCCAUGGCUUGUGCAUCUGCUCUCAGUGAACAUCACUGCCCCGGUCUCCUGUGACUCAGCUGGCUCCCCUCUGCUGCUGCCUUGCCUUCCUCCUGAUACUCUCCUAGCUCCUCCUUUGCCAAGUCCCCAGGCUUCCUUCCUCGUGUGUCUCCUUCCGGCCCUGUGCUCCACCCAAACCACAAUCCCUCCAGGCAUGCUCUUCAUUGCCUAGCCCUGGGGAAGAGGCAGGGCAUGUGGGACCUGAGGGGAAGGCAAGGGGGAAGUUCCCACCCGGGGCUGGGAUGUACAUGGAGUCUGUUCUAAGUGCCUUAAUCCGAGCCAGCAGGGCCCUUUGCCUGCCCGCCACUGUACUGUAUGUAGGAAAGUGCACUGUGGCUGCUUUGUGUCAAGAAGAGAGUUUUCCCUCUCAGAUUCUUGAUUCCCCUUCAGCCAAAGCAAAACGUGACCGCUUCAUAGGCCUGUGCCUGCAAGUUGGACCCUGCGGUGGCCAUCAGAUCCCCUGUGGGGAUUUCAGAGACACUGGAGGAGAAAGGAGGACUCACCUGUCUGCACAGCUCCAGACGGUUCUCCACCCCUCCCUCUCCCUCCACUCCUGCCACUAAGGACUUGCCGAUCAGGGUCCACCCUGGUGGCCCCGGAGGCGUGCGGAGCAGACACACUAGAGCCGCACAUCGGGGCCUCUUCCCUUCACAAGCUCUGAGAGGGGCAGCAUGAGCCUGCCACCAGAGCCCUCUCCUCCAGGGCUCUCAUUCUUCCUCUCUGAGGUUCCGGGGGAGGUGGGUGUCCUCCGCCAGGCCCAGCACGUGAUGUGAAGAAUGAAUUAAACGCCCAGUUCUUAACUGUUAAGGUUUGAUGUGGAAUCACCGCUGCAGUGAGAUAUAUUUUUAUCAGCGCUUGGUUGGUUUUAAAUAAAAUGCACGCUAUUUUAUUAUCUUGUUCCAUGUAAAAUGUAUUUACUCAAA